GUUUAAAUGCACCAAACAAAUACUGAGUUUAGCAUGUUAUAGAGGAGGAAGAAUGAUAUUAAAGGAACUUAUUUUUGUAUUUUAAUGGCUUACUUAAUAGAUGCAGUGACAUUGUGAUCAAACAUGGCUUUAAGUCAGAGCGACUUGCAUCGAGGCUCAACAACUGCAUACUCUACGCUCGUGAAAUGUGAGACACUAGAUAUCAUAUUUCCAAGAGGUCCAAAUAUAUUGAAACCUGAUAUUAAAACUACUGUACUUUUCCCAAGAAUGAUAUGCUAUUUUGGAAACGACAAAUUGGUGGCUUUUGACCAAAAGUGCAAUAGAGUAGGUCUUUACGAAGAUGUUUGUAAUACUCAAAAUAGGAGCAGCAGUAUAAUUCAUUCUCUCCCAAACAAUUACUGUUACACCUAUGGUUCCAGUACAGCUCUUGAUGGAAACCGUUUUGCUAUUUCUUGUCCAUAUAUACCAGUUCUUACCAUAUUCAGUAGUGAAAACACAGGGCAGUUAAAGGAAGAUGGCAAAUUAAAUAUUGGUGGAAAAUGUUAUGACAUUGACUAUAUUAAUGGGAAAUUAGUUGUCUGCUUUAGAGAUCCACCUAAGAUAUCCGUGCUGGAUAUGAAGACUGGAUUUAUUCACAGCAUAGAAAAUGAGCCAAAGGGAAACCAGCUGUUUAAUGUACCUUCUCACGUUGCUAUAGAUAUUUGUAAUGGGCAGGAGAUGAUAUAUGUGUCCGACAAUGCAAGUUGGGGCCUUCGACGUUUGACCAAAAUUGAUUUGCAUGGCAAUAUGCUAGCUUCAUUCCUGUCGCUUGAAGAAGAAACCCCAAAACAAGUGAUAACUGUUGGUGAUGGAAAUAUCCUGUUUGUACAUAAAGGAAUCAGGCUGAUGUCCGAAAAUUGUCAAGAAGUUGUUAAGCUCUUGGAUGAAAGUCACACUGCAUCCGUUCUGUGCAUGAGUUAUUCAAAACAGCGCAAUUUGCUUUUUGUAGUGAAAGACAAGUCCUCAGAAAUUGUUGUAUACAAGCUGACCUAGUACGACAAAAGGGGAAUGUCAUUCAUUCAUGUUGUUGUGGAUAUAAUGGAUUGACACUCUGAAUAUAUCAUUUCUAAAACAAUGCGUUUGUACAACAUGUUUGAGCAAAUUUUACCAUCUAUGUAAUGUAUAUAUAAAAUUAAAGAAUGAUUCUUUGAAACAAAUAUAUGUAUUCAUUUAUAAACGGAGAUGUGGCAACAUUUUGAAUAUUUAUGAAUAUGAUUUAUAUAUUAACAUACUUUCAGUCUUUAACUAUUUAAAUUGCCCGUGCCGGGACUGGACCUUUGUUUCAAAUAAACGGCCAAUAUUGGAUUUUUCUUUCAUUUACAAAAUCACACAGCUUACCGGAUCUGCUUCCUUGUGCUACUUGUGUUAUCUAUGAUGGAACAGAGACUCGAAGGGGCGUUGUUUUAUUAAGUGUUAUAGGAGGUAUGUUUCGUUCAUGUAAGGUUAUGUUUUAUUAAGUGAGGAAAUGCUGUGAAGGAGAAGAAAAGUGAUUAUACAAGGUUUACAACGUAUGUAUCGGGUAUGAUGGUUGCAUCGUUACUCGUCCAGACUCAAAGACUUGUUAUAUAUCUGGUAAUUAUUCAUAAAAAGUGGAUCACCUCUGAGCCCGGACAUUACGUAUGGAUGUAUUUCGUUUCCGGGCGAUCUUUCUUCUAACGUAAAUUGACUGUUUCCGAUUGUUUACAUUACAUGUGAGUUAAUGGUUAUGUAGAGUUAGUUUGUGAGGGACGUGUCAUUUUAUUUUCAAAAUGGUGAUUUAGUGUUAUGUAAUUUGAUGAAUUGUGCUUAUUUCAAAUAUUUCGGUUCUGCUUUUAAAUUUUUGUCAAUUAUAUCAUUGUAAAAUGAAACUGUGUAUUAAUUUUUUAGUUUCGAAUUGUAAACCAAUAUACUAAAUAAAUUAUUUUAAUG